AUGGCAUCCCGAAUGCCUAACCAGACUGCGACCGUCGCCAAGAGCAUGAAGGCUUCCACUGGUGAAGGAGUAGCCAAGCGCAGUCACAAGAAGCUUCGCUUUCAUGCAAACGGCCUGCUCAAUGUUGAGCAAAAGACGGGGAAGUACCUCAAGAUCGCGAGACAGAACCAGCGGAACUCCCCAUUGUUGCGGUUGCCAGCAGAGAUUCGCCACUUGAUCUUCGGAUACGCACUUGGUGGCAAGACAUUCCACAUCGAUUACAACGAAUAUCAAGGCAUCGCAAAGAAUAUGACGGUCUCAAAGAACACCCUUGCUCUGCUCGCUGUCUGCCGACAAGUCUUUGCUGAAACCGCUUUGCUACCCUUCAGCUCGAACACCUUCUCAGCUAUACAUCCCCAAGUGUUCAAUAUGUGGAUCGAAUACUUUCCCUCGGUUUUUGCUGAAGCUGUCACUUCGGUACGCCUCUAUCCCUGCGUAGCGUCCUCUCCUCCGGAGCAAUGGCUCGACCUUCACGACGGCAUACCAGGUAUGUGGGAUAUCAUGGUCGACCACGGAGACAAGCGACUGUCUUCAAAUUUGACCUCUCUCAAGAACGUACAGCUUGUUGUGGGCAUAGUGAUAAGAGAUUUCACGCAAGAUGGCAAGAAGCUGCAAGAACGCGGUUGGCAGUUCAUGAAAGGUCUGUAUGAGACAGAGAACAGCGAGAUCAAAUUCGUCAGGAGUGAGAGACAGCCCUUGUACUUCUAA